GUGACCAGAGCUGACAGCAGCUGUGGCAGCGCAUUGGAAAUAUGCUCUAACGAGGAAAUCGAAUUCCAUUGUCCACUACUUGACCAGGCUAUGAAGUCUAAUCAGUACCAAAGUCUUAUAUGGUCUGUGUUCGACCCAAAGAACCCAUCAGCGGAAAAGGAGAAUAUAUUUUACUGUGGGGAAAACCCUUUGAACUGUGCGACUUAUAAACUGAACAUUUAUAACGGACGAAUCUCUGUCAGAAGUCCUGUUCCAGGGAAACUGCUUUUGAAACACUUGACCAAGAAUGAUUUGCUGACCUACACCUGUGAAAUACAGCUUAAAGAUAUCAACCUCGGCCAACUUGUUUGUAGAAUGAAUAUCACCUCGUCAGUUUAUUGUAAGUUUAUAGUGAUUAUUUUUCGCUUUUCGGAGUGGGCCCCCGCCUUAAUUGCUUUCCCUGACAAACUACCUUUUCUUGCAACCAAAGGAAAAGUAUCGCCUAGACACUUAGUUAGAUUGGCCAUUUGGUCGAACAAUACGCAUAGCAAACAAAAUUGAAUGUUUCUUCUAUUGGGAAAUCAGUCCAUUCAACCAGUUCAAUUAGUAACCCGACGAAUUCCGAAAACGGAUUUUAAUUCGAUGCAUCGCAAAGAAUUACUUUUGUAAGUAAAGUACGGUGACUACGGGGUACAGACCUCAGACAACGACAUCAUUUAUCCAUUCUUGAUGGGUCUAUAUUCAUUUUCCCACUUUGCAUAAAACUUUAUUAAUACGCAACAGCAUUAGAUCAUCCAUGGUAUGAGAAAGUCUGAAUUGCCCCAUCCAUAGUCGACUAACUUAUGCGUAGUCACCAGGCUUAUCUCGAUCCCUUAUGUUCAUUGCAACCAAUAACGACCGAAACUCUCCUCACAAACUGAGUCAACUAGCCUGCCUCGGAUAGGUGUAAGGAACAAUAAGAAGAGGUCUUCAGCCUGGGAGAAGCGUGGUAAAGAUGCAAGGUGUGAAGCUAAGGGGGAGGAAAAUCAUUACCUACAUUUACAUGCUUACCCUGUUUGUUGGUUCUCUCCCUUGCUCCGAGAGGUUUUUGUCCGGUACUCCGGUUUUCCCCUCUCCUUAAAAACCAACAUUUCCAAAUUCAAAUUCGAUCUGGAACACAUAAACUCCUAAGUGAUCCGUGGGUAAACAAAUUGCAAAUUACGCACUGAUUCCCCUCUUCUUCUUUUGAAGAUCUUGCUAGCCUUGGUGAGCGACUAACCUAACUCAUUUUCAAGUCCAUAUCUUUUUACAGACAGAGCUUUCCUGCAUGAAUUAAUUUACUUUUUUUCUAGGUAUGACCGCGCAUACUGGUCAAAACGUUAGUCUGACCCCGCAAAAAGAAAGGGAAAAACAGCUGUCCAAAAACUUAUUGGAUGAAGACAUCUGGUGGUCCAUGAUUGAAGACAAUGGAAGAAAGUGUAGAUUCCUCUACUGUAAUGCCACAGCAUACUGUGCUUUUAGAAAGGAUCCUUGCUAUGAAUCCCGUGCAGAGUUCUUCAAAAGACUUGAGAUCGAGGAACUGUCAUUAACUUUGACCGACGUCCGGCAAGAAGAUUGUGGGUCAGUAUUUCAACGUCAAAUUCACCCUAACAGGUUGAUGAAAAGACGAGCUAAGCCGUGGCAUGAAUUAUAUACGGUGAAGAUUCAAAAUGUUUUACCUUCAGGUUAGUGGUAUAAAUAUCUGUUCAUUAUGCACCUUUUGAUAAACCAUUACCCAGAGGCAAUCCUCCAGCAGGGAGAUUUGAGCGCGGUGUAGGAGCGGGGUUUAGAUCAAAUGUCAAAUGGAGCAGUUAGUGGCCAUUUUACUCUCAGUAACUUGUCAAGUUUCCGUGAUCACCCGCGAGCCUUACCCGAGACCACGAGGUCCGACAGCAAGAAUAAAAUGUUGUGUUACGAGAGCCUCCCCGAAGAAUUGCGUUUAUUGAAAUAAUCAAAAUGGUCCUUCGAGCCGGAUUUAAACUGUGUAGCCAGCUUUAGGAUGGAUGAACAUAAAAAAGCGCACUUCUUGAUACCGCCGCUCCAGUUUAUAUGCAGGUAUUUGCCGCGGAGUCGUCUAGGACAGGGUGCUGAUCUCAAGAUUUUUAACACUUACUAAAUGAGGCUUGGUAUGAUUUGAGGACAUUAUGCAAAUUGAGAAGAAAGAACGGCCUCGGUGCAUAACAUCCUCCGAGAUCAGCAUAAUUCUUCACACCAUGCAGAGCCGAAUUUAAUAAUUGUGUUAUCAUUCAUUCAAAAUAUUUCUAAGUUUUAACAAGCUUACCUCACCGUAGACUUUCUUCAAAACUUUGGGCUAUUUUUGGGCACGGUUUCAGGAUUAAACAGAUUUUCUUCAGUGGAAGAUACUCUUCUAUCUAGCAAUAUAUUUGACGUAUUCUGGCAUUUCGUCCGUUCAGUUUUAGCCAGAAAUUGGGUCAGCCAUUUCGUUUUCGGAUAGCCUUGAACGCUAUUUUUUCUAGUUCCCUCUUGAACAAACAACUAUAGCGGCCACGCCUGGAGUCGCAGGUAAUGGAUGGUAUGUAUGGUAUGUUGCCCAAGGAGCCUCAUUUCCAAUCAAUACAAUCGAAUAGAUGUUAAAUUAAUUGGCUCGCAUCUUCCAAAUUUGGUCAACUGUAGUUGGUUAUGAAGAUUUUUAGCCGGGGGCUUUGAGCCAAUCAGAAACGGUGAAAUAGUUUGAAUGAAUUUUAAAAAGGAAUUAAUAUAUGUUUCAUGAUUUUCAUUCUAGAAGCGAAAUUAACAGAAAAAUAGAGACUUGGAAAUGAGAAUAAGAUUUUCGACCUCUGAUCUAAAAGAUGGUUUCAAAAAUAAAGCUGAAUAGGUAUGCUAGUCUAUGAAUAUUGAAACGAAGUGACCGUUUGGUACACCGACAUCUAAAUGAGAUUUUUACAUUUCCUUUUACAGAUUCAGAUCCCAGCAUCACUAACUCGCAAAGUACUCCUACAGAUGAUAGCAGUACAACAUAUACACCACCGACAUCCUCAGCUAAUUGUUGCCAAGUCUCCUGCUCUACUUUCACUGUAUUGGCUUGUUUUUUGAUAGCAGCUUACUUUUUCACGCUGUAUUGAGUUCAACAACUGUUCCAAGCAAGCAAUCAUUCAUGUGGGGUUGUAGAAAUGCCGUAAUGAACAGUCGCAUAAUGGAAAAUAGUGUUUUUGCAAAAAGACUUGCGAUGAAGCUGUCGGCGCCGGAUAAAGUGAUGCCUGGGUUCGAGGUCAUGGAAACUAGCCUGUUUCAGGCUUAGCCGAGAAAGUCGGGUUUGCGAAAUUGAAAAAGCACGAGCACGACAACAAAACGGGAGCAAACUGGGGAGAGGAAGGGUAUAUCUGAAUUUUCGCGUGCUGUCACGGUGAUAUGCAUAUGGGUACCCCCGUUCCUAAAAUCCUAGUGAUAUGGGUAUCCCCGGUGACCCAAACCUUAACUCUAACCCAGAUCGCUAAGGUAAUAUAUAUGAGAGGGGGAUACCCAUAUCACUAGGGUUUUGGGAAUGGGGAAGCCCAAAACGAGGAGAUGCCCGUAUCACUGUAACAGUGCCUCUCACUUACGCGUCAUCCCCUCUAUCUGAGAGCCUGGAACAGGCAGGAAACUGCAGAAAAUUAAUAUACUACUGUUACUCAGAAUGGUAAACUCUGAUAUAAUAUCUAAAAAACGAUAUUUUUUAUUGCGUGUAUUUAUUAAAUAAAGCAAUUAUUGGAUGAGGCUGACAUGAUCUGAAGAAUUAUGCUUUCGAGGAGGUUGUUAUCCGCCUAAGGCUUCUCGGAUGUCGUCCCCGUUUUGUGGCCAAUACGGGAACUAAGAGUGUGAUUCGGCUUUUUCUGUUUUUUAAUAUAAAAUAGGUGGUGUAGAAUCCGUGCACGGACCCAUUGGUCUUUAAAACCGACAAAAUUUACAUUGAGUUCAUUUUGAAUUCUUUAAUUUCUCCUAGAGUAUUUCCGCGCUCCAUUUGCCGCACAUACGUAAUAUUGUUUUUUGCCGCGGUUUAUUAUUUCUCGACUCGCGGAACGCGGAAAUAUCGCGAUGCCCAAAUUUUACUUUUCUCUUGAAUACACCCUGCAGUGACCAUUGCCAUCGUGACCUUCGCGAAAAACACUUCAACAUGUGCUGUUAGAUGGUUCAGUUUUAUUUUGUUUGUAGUGCGUAAACAAGAGUUCCUUUUACAAUGCAAGCGACCCUGAAUCAAGAUUUAGGCUAUAUUAUUACAUGGGCUACAGGAAUGGGAUGCGUUUACAAAACAUUCAUGCAUGCAAUAAGAUCGAUGUGUCAGCGUUAUGUUUUGCUUUAUAAGUAAAAUCAGCCAAGUAGAACUCCAAAAGGGAAUUUCUCGUCCUAAGGGAAAUUUCCCUUAAGCUUGGGUUCUAAAUUAAAAUCCCCGUCAAAAUCUAGCUGGAGUCGGCUUGCGAGGGUUAGUUCUGUUGGAACUUGAUACCGAGUAGUGGCACAGUUAGAAAUCAUCGCUAUGUCUACAUUUCGUAGAAACCCUCAAAGUCUUUGUACAGCUUUCGCAGUCUUGGCAUGCAUAGUCAUAAGUAAGUUUUACUUGUUACAUUGUGAUCUCUCCGAGUGUUUUUAUUGAAGUUAAGUGACUUUGUUCCUUUGCACACCUUUCAUUAACUAGGGGCAAUCACAGAGGCAUUGUUGUUUGUUAUGCGUGUAAAAAAGCUUAUUCUUAUUUGCUGAACUAGUGUGCAGGCCAAUUCAGCCCACAACGCUUCAGUUGCAUAUGUUUAUGAUGAUAAUAUAUAUCAUAUUAUUAUUUUCGUAUACUCAUACGGGAACCUCAGAUGUCUCUUACCCAGCAAGAACGUUAGAGACCAUUCGAUCACUCUAGAUGACGUCUAGAUGAGUCGGGGAGAUGUCCCAAAUAUUCAGAAUAUUCACUUAGGAGAUCCCAGGGAAAAGUAUUCCAUAACUUGUCUUCUUGAAGAGCUACCGUUAACAGUUAAUUUUUGACGGAAUUCACUGCUCAGUUGAGAAUGAGUCGUAUAAAUCAACGAUUCAGUGGAAAAAAUCAGCGAUGCAAAUCCAUAAAAUCGAUGCUUCAAGCAUUGGGGCAAGAAGCCCGCUUACUCACUCGUUCUGAUACAUUUUGAUAACAUUCUUUUGUCAACGCAAAAAAAAAUUAAGUUCUCCUUUCUACCUUUAGCCGAACGAAUUUUGACCACUUAGUAUUUGGAAGAUUUCAGCUCGGGUUGAUCUUUCAAGGUGAGACCUUCCAAGUCUCAUCCUGGAACAUGGAAAAAUGUCUAGCUUGGUCACCGAGAUUGAUCUUUUAUGAGAAUAUAAACCGCAUUUAUAUAUGAACACAUCAAGACUGAUUUUUACAAGGGGGACACAGCGGGUGAAGAGAUAUCUGGGAAACCGACAGCUCAACCGAGCCAGCGCGUUUGACCAGACUCAGACACCGGUUGGGGUACUCCCUUACAAGAGGCUAAUAGGGAUGUGCCGCUGAAUGGGGUCGCAUUUUCAUGACUGGAUUGACUAUAAUGGGGUCGCAUUUUCAAUAAAUUACGAGAAUGGGGUCGCAAAUUUUUGGAUUUUGGGUUUAAGUAGGGAUUCAAAAUGGGAAGAUUCUCGGUUAAAUAAUCAGAAAGUUGUUGUUUAUUGAAUUUAACAAUAAGCUCUCAUUGACCACAUUACAUUCCGCCUUGAAACCACAUCGAUAAGGUAGAUGCAUAAAUAGAAAGUGACUAAGUUGGGAUCACGAAAAUUACAUUUUCCAAAAAGUGACUAAGAUGGGGUCUAUAAUUGGUCAAAAAAUAGACUAUAAUGGGGUAGGGGCUCUGAGAGGCCAGCGGCACAUACCCAACAAACAUUAACCCAAGUAACCGCCGCCCCCCCCCCCCCCUCCGCGCCCGGGACUCAGACAAAUAGUGCAGGUUCCAAAACCUCGUCAGUUAUAAUUUAAACAGAAAUUAUGGAUCUUGGCCGAGUAGGUGGCUGCAUUGACGGGGUUUCAAUUACACUGAAAAGUCCAGAAGAGAACGCUGUAAUCCUGGAGAAAAUUUGCUAAACUGGAGUAUACUGGCCAGUCGGGUUGCAGCCUUCGGUUGACUACACCAUGACAUGAAAUCAGUUCUUAAUGUAAUUAAAAGGUGGUUCCGUAGUAGAAGAACCUAACAUAGAUUUUAGAUCGAUGAAACUUCGCACACUGAUGUAACAAGUCAAGUAAAGGAUAGAACGUUAUAAAAAGUGGGGGUCACCGUGACCUGCUCGUUUUCACUGUACAAUGCUGACGAAUACGGCUAUUUAGGAUCCUUUGGCAAAAACCGCGCGCAGCCCAAAACUAGACAAAUAGGAGUGAUAUUUUUCCAUGACGAAUGAGAUAUCGCGCAUAAGUUGACUUUGUUGUCCGAUGCCACCUGGUUUCCCCGCGAAAUGACAUCUGAGAAACGAGUGCAGAUACUGUUGAUGCGUCACUACCCAGAUCUGGGUAGUGAAGCGUCAUCAGUAUGGAAUUUCUGCGCUCGUUUCUCAGACGUCAUUUCGCGGGGAAACCAGUGGUGACUUACGUACCAAAAAAAUUCCUUUAAAUUGCCAAAAACUGAACAUGUUUUUCGUCUCUCACCAAGAGAGAAGAAAAACAUAUUGUUUUACUCUUCACUUGUGGUACUGUAUAUAUAUAUAUAUAUAUAUAUAUAUAUAUAUAUAUAUAUAUAUAUAUAUAUAUAUAUAUAUAUAUAUAUAUAUAUAUAUAUAUAUAUAUAUAUAUAUAUAUAUAUAUAUAUAUAUAACAUGAAAUGGAAAAUGGGGGUCAGCAUACUCGCUGUUGCGGUAGAGCUGGAGAAAGAGUGUAGGACUGGGGCGAGCUUCAAAAUGGCAUGUUCGUGGAAGGUGGAAGAAAGCAUUGAAGAACCAAUUUUUACACAGAAUUUACAUAGAGAAAUCACAGUUAGGAUGCAACGCGAUAGACAUGGCGCUUAAAGGAAAAUUAAAGUGAUUUAACACAAGUUUAACAUCCACUAUAGAGGGUCUCGGUGAGGAAGUCGAAAUCAGCAACAAGCGUACCGUUUACAUUAUGCAUAUUCCCAACCCAUCGAGUCAAUCGCAAUCGAAAAUUCCUUUAAUGUUUCUCUUCGAUCAAUUAUCUAUUCUUUAUAUGCACAAUGAGAGAUGCGCAGUGCAAAACCAGCGCCGCGUCACCUUGAGAAACGUAACUGGACGUUUUGCACUCCUAUGAGUUGCAUUGCUUAAAACUAAUUAACACAGUUUCCAUUUGCUAAUCAGCUUUCUGUUAAAAAAAAAAAACGUUUCCCCAUAAGUGAAAGAUAGUAAAAUCACACUCAUAUCACGCCAUUGUCAGUUGAUUGGUUCGACGUGUCCUUCGUUCGACGUCUGGCCCAAAAGACGAUAGUUUAGCUUGACCCAAAUUAGAGUUUGGUUCGUCUCAUGAAAAGGUCAACGUUUGGCCUACGCCUAAGGAACAAAAAAAAAAAAAAAAAAAAAAAAAAAACGGGCAACAAGAACGUGCAACUUGCUUUGUAACAUUCUGCAAAAAGACUUGGAAAGCGAUGUUGCGAGUUUUAACACUCACGAAUCAAACCUGUCUUGUAACAAAUCAGGUUGUUGCUACUUGAUUUGUUGCAAGACAGGUUUGAACUUUGCACGUUUUUGAUGCCCGUUUUUCGGUAGCUUUAGCAUUACACGAUUUUAUUAUUUGUUUGAGUAAACUAUAAUUCGUAUAUUAACGUGAGCUUCCCUUUUAGCCCUGGCUAAAUCUUUACAUUAUUUUUUGGUUUUGGCGUUGUUUGCUUAAAGUAUGGAUUCAUUCAAGUUUUUUGAAGAUCACGAAGACAAACUUUUAUUUUAUAUGACAAUAUAAAUGUUUCUGGAGGAUUUAUUCCCGCUCUAGUUAUUCUAUUAACUUAGAAUAUUAAGUAUAUUCUUUUAAGCUUCACACGGAAUUGAUGCAGUAAAAUGAAAUAUAUAUUGGGGCUCGAAAUUGGCCUUUGGUACAGUGUGACGGAAGGUUUUUCCACUUUCGAACGAUUUGAACACUCAACGGGAACUUGACGCUUUAUCUAUGGGUUAACUGGGGGAAACUAGACUCAAUUGCAACUAGCUUGCGGGAAAGAGCCGUCACUUCUCUUGAGGUCCGGGAUCAAACCACCAACUGGUACAUCAAAGGCAAACUGAACUUUAAUUCAAACAGCGUUUAUUCUUGUACACCUAGCGUAACUUAGCUCACAGAUGUAGUCGGCGAUGUAAUCGACAAUCAGUAAAACUUACUUAUAUAUGAUUUUUACAACCCUUGAAGACAAAAGAAUACAACAGAAAUAUAAACAGAAAUCACUUAGAGUUAAAUGAAAACUAAAUACUAAUUCGAUUUUUAACCUGAAAUCUUCUGUCACUGUUGCUGUUUCAGAAAGUAAAAGUACUGAGACAAAGACUUCGCCAGGUCAGCAAAACAGCGUUUACAUACAAAGUGUUACAAUAUGAAUUAAACUGCAAGUUCAGCUAUCGGCUGUUUAAACAGGAAAAGCGCAAACUAAUUGGAAGUUUUCACCUUAAACAAAAACCGAUCUAAUUUUAAAAUUGCAAGACCAGAAAACCUUUCAUAUUCAAAAUUCGGUUAUUACCUCUGUUUAACUAACAACUUAAUGAAAUAUAUUUUCGCAAGUAAAUAUAACUUAAUCGCAAUUAAAACGAGAUGCACCUGCACGAAGGGCGGUACCAUCAUUAAAUGUCGACUGGUAGUAAAAUUACGAAAAAUAGACGAAAGUUAACUAAACCAUUAUUAAGAAAUGAAUUACAUUCUUUCAAGAGUCAACAUCGACGAAAAAUGUGUAUAAUGGAAAAGAGAACGAGCAAUUAGUAUUGUUUGUUAACGAACACUGUUGGCUUUUUUUUGUGAUUAUUUACCUGGCGAACACAAAGCAAAUGAAACAAAGGAUAAUAAAAAUGGCACGAGCCUUUUUACGGAGCUAAAACUUCUUUAUACAAAUUCGGUAUGAAUUACUAAGAACAUCGUCAAAGCGAAUAUUUGAAAGCUAGAUAUGAUAUUCGAGGCAAAUAAAGAAUUCAUGGAAAAUCUCUCCUUACAACAGGAACAAAAAAGCGGCAUUGGCUGUUUCACAGUUAACUUCCGUUUGAUAAUCUUUGUUACGCAUAUUCGCAAGCCAGUUCGACGUUUCUUCUAAUAUUAGAAAUUUGUCCACGUGAUCGUAAUCGUGUUCACGUGAUCGUGAUAAAGCGCAAUUUUUGCAUACAGUACAUGUGCUAUUAAGCUUACUCUGGUACGGAAAUCGGCGUAAGUUUCAUAGCCUGUUAAUAUGAAAAGCCGGGAAGGAGAGUUCGGGACACCCACAAGUAGGAAUUCCCUGAAAGUGUUGAUAUUUUGGCCGCUUUUUGCAUUCUGUGCUGCCAAUGGUAAGUGUUUAGAAUAGUCGUCACUAGGUGGAUAUGCCGGUCGUGUUAUUUCGCCCUGUACACGGCUCUUUUUUCUGAACAACAGCUUUAAAUAGAAAGUCUUGGCAAGUUUGAAACAAUCUGGGCACUCGUACCUAAUAUAAGUAGAAAUACUAGUAGCAUGAAUAUACUUAUAAAUUACAUGCCUGUCAAUUGAAAACACAAUCACCUAAAUAGACAUAAAUGGUCGUUUUUUUUUUCAAAAUCGAAAAUAAGAAGGAGAACACGAAUACGAAAUUUCUGUCUCAGAAAGUUGAUGAGAAGUGAGGCCCACGGAGUCAGCUAUCCAAGCCAACAGAAGCACGCACGCGAUUCAAUACAUUUUCCUUUCUUCGCCUCUACAUUAAUUUCUCUUUGCGUAUAAUAUGUCUCAUUUUAAACUUGAAAAAGUGAAUCGAUUAUGUAGCCAAUUCGUCUAAACGACGGCCGUUAGUUUAGGUUGAAAAAUUAGUACAAACGAAUGAUUUUCGUUUUUUCUCUUUUGCCGCCGCUAGUUUUGAAUUAGAAUUUCUUAUUUAAAGGGUAAGUAUCCAGUCGGAAUGUUUAUCAACAUUAAAACGAUCGAAGCAAGGCUCAGCACAGACCAUGACGUUUCACCGUGGAGCUAGUUUUUGCUCACCGGCAGUAAAAUAAUAAAACAUAAGCCGAUGUCAGCAUCGGCAAAAUAUGCUAACAAGACAAGUCCAUAUUUCAAUUAAUAGUAGCCUAAUCAGCACAUUUUAAACGGUUAAUUUUUUGAAGCUGUUUAAGGUUCCUUUGUUUGAAUUAAUUUAACGCAUCGCGCACAUUUUAGACAAUCUAAAACUUUAGCCCCAAUCUGAAUAACGUUGACAUGAUUACAUGAUUGCUGUUCAUUACGAGAAAAUACGCAUUCAUUUGAGUAAAACGGCGACCAACAGCGCGAAGAUACAUUCAUUAGCGCGAAAAAGUGAACAUUUGCGCAUAAAUCAGAUUCAAUAACGAUUUUUGCAUUUCAAUCAACAUUCAAUAACAUUUUUGGGCAUUCAUUUGCGUCAUUGGGCAUACAAAAGAGAAAAUAUACUUUCAUUAACGCCAACAUUCGAGUCAUUAACAUUAUCUUGAAAAUCAUCAGGGACAAUAGGCAAACAUUUAAGUGCAAAUGCUAUUCAUUAACAUUCUUCUGACACUGUUUGCAAUUCAAUAGCAUUCCUGGACAGCUUUAGAAUGGAUAAGACAAACAUUAAUGCACUUCGACAAUCAAUUGAACGUUCUUUACAUUUAAUAAUAUACAAAAAUAUAUUUUAAAUUAAACAAUACCAAUUCCUCCCCAAAAUUGGCCCGAAUUUGUUUAAAGAAUCACGCCGUACUUCGCCACUGUGUGUUCGUCGACGGCUGCGGCUAUACAUUUACCUUAGACGGCCAGAAGUCAUGGUGGGGCGCGACAGGGAGUGGAGGGCGUGCCGUAAAGUGUGCGCCAACGAGGACGAAACUUGACUAUGACCAUGGCAAUAUUACCUAUCAAAUGUUUUCCUUGGCAGCUGCUGGAGUAAAGAAUACCGUGUCGGUUUUUCGGUGACUUUCUGGCACGGGCGAGGAAAAAAUGGAUCCCGAUAAGUCGGUGGUCUUUGCGUAUGACGGGGUGCCAUCCCACCUAGAUUUGGUCAUUCCCGCCCCAUACGUACACAGCUUAUGCUUCCCCCCUCGACAUCGUUGAAAAGGAUUUAAGUUGUCUGGAAGCGACAUCAGAGGCCGACAUCUCGAGUCCGGAAAUUUACAGAUGUAUAACAGGAAUGAGGGCAAAGCCCUAGCAAUCCCACUAGCGGAGUUCGGAAACAACAAUUGCAGUGCUUGAAGCUCUGCGCAGAAACAUGACAUUGUGACCACGGCUAAAUGUGCUAAAGGGUACCAUUACAUGCAAACCUACCUCCCCAAAUGUUUAAAUAGCGAGGUUUUUGAGGGAUAUACAUUUAAAGGACUGAAAUUCAGGCCUAAUUUGUUUGAAUUUCUGUUGUUUAAUUGAAAACUGAUUUUUGUAUAUUAAAUGUAAAGAACACUCAAUUGAUUUUACAAGCGCAUUAAUGUUUGUCUUAUCCAUCCUUUGGUUGUUUAGGAAUGUUGUUGAAUUGCAAACAGUGUCAUAAAAAUGUUAAUGAAUAGUGUUUGCACUUUAAUGUAUGUCAGUUGUCCCUAUUGACUUUCAAGAUGGUGUUAAUGACUUUGAUGUUGGCGUUAAUGAAAGUAUAUUUUUGUCUUUUGUAUGCUCAAUGACGCAUAUGAAUGCCCAAAAGUGUUAUUGAAUGUUGAUUAAAAUGCAAAAAUCGUAAUUGGGUCUGAUUUAUGCGCAAAUGUUCGUAUUUUCGCGCUAAUGAAUGUAUCUUCGCACUAUUGAUCGCCGUUUCACGCAAAUGACUGCGUAUUUUCUCGUAAUGAACAGCAAAAGGCGUACUUAGUUUAGAAAUCCUCGGCCGUCUUGAGUCCAUGUAUACGCGUGUCAGGGACCAUACAUAUUCAUAAAUUCUAAAGCCGGUCCGUUUCAGUCGCUUGAAUUUGUUUUGUUCAAUUAGCGCUGGUUUUUAUUAGACAUCCACAGUUCACGUAAUAUCCGGCAAAAUGAAUUUAACAAUUUGGACCUGUUUGAGCGGUAACUUGCAUUUGAGGGCCACUAGUUAUUCGGAUGAAGUACUGUUCCGUGUUACCCUCGUUAAAUAAAGUUGAUUAUUAUUAUUGUCACUGGAUUUACAUGCACGCAUAGAGAAAAUAAAACAAAAUCAUCCCCUAGAGUAAGAACUGAGUCAUUGGGGUGAGCUAUGAGGGAGUCUGGGAACAGUCUACUUAAAGGUCCAGCAAAGUUCAGUGAAUCAGAAAUUACAAGUUAUCUAAAAUGCAUGUACUCCGUUUCGGAUGAUUGAUAUAUCACAUCUAGACUGUCACUGCCUUAUAACUCCACUGCUAGGGCACUACAACAGCUGUACUGUUUUAAGGAGGCUCGCAACCAUUUUUCACGGUCUCAUUCAUUCGAGUCAGAUGCUUCAUAACUUUGGCUGUAGUGCAUGUACGAAAAGCCACAAAGUGAAACAACAUAUAAAAAAUUGAAAUAACGCAACCUGCGUGCUGCAAUAUCUGUUUCGCGAAUUUGUGGUUAACCAUUUUCCACUCCGAUGAAACAAAAAGGUUGUGUUAUUUGAAUAACUGAAUCAAAUGAAUCGUAAAAACAAGAAUCAUUCGAGUGUGAAAGAAGCAGUGAGCCGUGGUCUGGCAGCCUGCAUUCAAAUAGGCGGAAAGAAACAAAUAUCCCUAAACAAGUAAAAUAGUAAACAAUGGCCCUUACGAAUUUAGGAAUUUUAACGAAUUUUUAAACUGCGACUUUAAAACGAAAGAUGACACCUUUUUGCGCUUACAUGAGUCGAAAUAAGAAGGUGAGUGAACGCAAAGAGCGAUUGCUUACCAGUUUUUACCACUGAAAAAACUAAAACCGCACCUUAAGCCAGGUAUAUAAAUAUGGAUUGUAGCAGCACAGCAAAUCAUAAUUUCUCUGUUUGUUGUUUCCUCAGUUAGGAAUAUAGUGAAAUUUUUUACUUUUCUAUUCCCUCGACUCAUCGCUCAACGGGGAGACUGCCUAGAAUAACUUUUCAUAGACCAUUACUAGUUAAGCAAAAAUUAAAUAUUAACCCUUUGCUCUCGCGCUAGGUGCUGGUGAUGUAAACGUAAAGGACGUUUGUCCGACAAAUAAAGUGAAAGUGGAUUGCUCUGCUCUUCUUCUGCAAGCCAUCAAUAGAGGAGAGUAUGAGGAAAGCUUCUUAACUGUUGACGAUCCUCUUGCUAAAUCAAUAGAGGAGCAAUCUCAAAACGUUGCGUACUGCAACGAAAACUUCACCUGCAGGCCAUAUGGGUUAGAACAGGGCAACUUUGCCAGAAGAAUCAAGCUUGUACUGAACAAUUCUGUAAAGGGGAUUUUCUACGUGGAGCUGUUGAUACCAGAUGACCUUCUAGUUGUUACUUGCCAAGUCAUAAGAAAACAGAACAAAGAUCCAUUGGUUCAUCAAGUAACUGUCUCUUCUUCCAUAAAAUGUACGGCUGGUAAAUUUAUCCAUUCUUGAUCUACAGUAAAAUCCCGCGACUAAGAACCUGGAUUUUUCCAAGUUAGCCUAAACAGCGGUAGUUGGCACACGUUUGGGCUAUGUAGGUUCUUAAAUAGGUUCUUAGUUUCCAAAGAAAAAAAAAAUACAGUAUAGCUAAGAGUAUUUGGUGGUUCAGUUGACAUAUCUUAUAUUAAAAUUUUUGUUUAAGUGUGCGGAAGUUUUUCAUAAAUUUUGAAAAUAAGAACCUGUUUCAAAUCUUAGGCUAAACAGGUUCUUAAAUAGAGGGGGCUUAACUGGCAAAUUUUAGCCUAACAGGUUCUUAGUCGCGGGGUUUUACUGCAGUCUCUAAUAAUUUGACGGAUAACAAAAUUUCGAUCACACGUCGAGCACUAAGCCUGAAUCGUACUCGGUUUUCGCAGUUACUCAGGGAAACUGACCUCAACCUGCUGUGGUUAACCGGGCGCGGAAAGAAAAAACUUCAUUCACUUUUUGUAAUGCCUAUACACUCAGACAAGUGUCUUCUCAAAGUUUUUAGGAUCUGACACUUCACUGUUUUUUUUUUUUAAGAUUCUUUUUUCUACGUAUAGUGUCGUACUGUGUUCCCUUCUGGUCUGACCCCAAAAAGAAAAUUAUAUGUCAAGAAAGAGAAGAAGAAGAAGAAGAAAACAUAUUAAAGACAGCAAGAACUGACAUUCGUAGUUCGUCUAACGCAGCUAAUGAGUCACUUGCGGCCCUACUGAGCUAGUAAUUUUGUUUUUCUUUUCAGGUCUCUCAGUGAUUGUUGGCCAGGACGUUGAGUUCAAAAUAAGUCAGGAUAGAAUGCCCCCAAAGGAAAAUAUUCAAGACGUUGGUUGGUACUGGCAGCAGCAGAGGAUAGUUCAUUGUAACUCAAGCUUUUGUCAACUCGAGGACUGCAAAAUUCCCUGUCCACAGUUCCAACCUAAACUCAUGAUUAGAGGAACAACAUUGGUUUUGACAAGAGUUGGCGAGGAAGAGGAUGGAUUAGAACUACAAUGCAAAAUUUACCCUCAUACGAUGGGUACAAUUAUAAACACCGAAUCUACGCCUCAAGUUUACAAAUUUAAAAUUGAUGUGCUUCCAACAGGUCAGUCCAGCUAUCCUUUUGGAGAAAGUACUAUGAUAAAUAUAAUUUUUCUUUUUUUUCUGCCAGUCCAUUUAUAUUGUCACAAAAAUCAAGCUAGUUAAUUUUAAAAGGUAGUUAAGAGUGUUGGCGUGUAUCUUGAGGCGUUCAUUCAUAUACCAGCUUGGGAAAUCUAUACUAAUGACAAUUACCCCCCACCCCAUUUGGGCCAGUAUUGGCCCUUUGAAGCUCAGUCACUUGAUCGGUCUUAAGGAGCUGUGUCACUGAGAUUUAUCAAAAGGCAAAUAGUAAGAGCUGCUAUCAAAUUGAGUAAAACAGAUUGCAAUUGCGGUUUUUUCAAAACUUGUUAGCCUAAACGUUUUUCAAAAGUUCAGUUCUACCGGAUUGUUACGUUUGAUGUAAUGCUUUGGAAGAGAUACAUGUUUGAUGUGAAGCUGUGAUAUACUCAUUUGUUACUAAAUUCCUCGUUAACGUUAAGUUCCUUAGCGAAUAAAGACGCGUUAUUAGCAAUAUUAACCCCAUGAACUAGACAGCCGUGACACAGCCUCAUUGAUGCAUAAGGAAUAAGGUACAUGUACACCUUAAAGAAUACCAGAGAUGGAAAGAGCAUGGGAAUUUUAGCAAGGAACUCAAAUUUGAGGUGACUGACACGAAAUACUAGGAUUACCAUGGGCCUUGGAAUGUCUGAAAAAUUAUGAGGGUUUGCAUGGAAAAAAUUGCUCAUCGCAAGGCUUUCGUUAUUCAUACCACCAUAAAAUCGCCUUUUUAAGAGUUAAAAAUAACAAUUGGCUGACCAAAUUUUUCUUUUAUGCUCUUUGAAACUGUGGUAUUUUAAGGUUGUGGCAUGAAAAAGGUCACGAGUGUCCCGGAGCUAUAAAGAGCCCAUGAUAUUUGGCCAGUUGUGCUAAGUGUUCAACUCCUAUUUUUGUGCUCCUAUCCGAUGUAACCUAAUAAUCCUCAAUUUUUUGUGUUAAUUUGUAGGGUUCGUUACCAAGAGUUCAAAGAGGCCUCCAAGUACAACACCCACACGAGAAACAAAAGGCUCAUCUUGGGUAUACAGUUCAAAACCUGCUGCCGCAGGCCAAAACACAUUAGCUUUCGCUCGUUUUUUGAUCACUUUUGUCAUACUUCUUGUGGUUUCGUGAGAAAUAAUCUUAGAUUGGAAUUCUGCAAGCAUGCAAUGAAGGCGAAAUUAUUAUUUUGUUUUGCCUUUUAUUACGUAAUGUAUAGAGUGUUUUCACAUGACGUCACAGCGGCCAUAUUGGUGUCCCAAAACAAUGAAACAGCAGCCAUGUUGGUGUCCCGAACCAAUCCUCUGGGAGUUGAACUCUUUUCUUAGGCAAACGCUUUCUUUUUUUCCAAUAAAUUUGUAUAGAUGCUGGCCAGGUGAGUGAAAACACUCUAUAUCUCUUAGUAUCCGAGUUCGAGAUCCUUACUGUAAGUUACAGACCGAGAUUCAUCGUGGUCACCGGUAAAAUGAAAGGCAGUCACUGGAUAAAGUUUGCUCUCACCUCUGUCCGCCUUACCCGCAUUCUGAAUGAAUGUCAAAACAGCCGUCGAAAGUUUAUGGCGGGAUUUCAGUGUGCGUGUUGUUUAUAGUUAAGGUGUUUGGUGAAAGGUUUGUUUUUGUUGCUCUUGAGAAAAGUCUUUGUCCGUUGUAGUUGUAGUCUGUUUAAAUCCGUUUUGUAUCACUCUUUUGACUUUGACUUGAAAAAGUUCGAAUGGUUGUUAGGACUCGGGUUUUAAGGUUUCUUCUGGCAAUCAGUCAUUGAAUAAAAAGUUUUGCCUGUCGCUGCUUUCUCUGUUUCGGCAUGAAAAUGUUAAUGAAUACUAUCCGUUGCAUACCGCAGAAUAUUCAACGGCUUUCUAGCUUUCUAAUUGGCUGUACUCUAUAUGGCAUCAAAUAAAUUGUAAGUGCACUUAUUAGGUUCGCCAAAGCCCGAUAUAAAAAGACAUUUAAGUUGAAACUGCCCAAGAUGUAAUCCACCAGUCAGUAGAAAACCAUUUAGUGUUGUGUCAAACGUGUGAACUAGUAGUGCUCAGCAUAGCCCUUAAUCCCCAGCAAACUUUUAUUAUGCCAUAUUGUACAAUGAUGACAAUGAUUUCUUGACUUUGUCUCAAUUAACUUACAAGAAUCCGUGUUUUAAAAGACUUUGUAUAAUGGUUAGAUCAUAUGUUGGAAAUAAACGUCUAACACAUUUGUUAGUGUAUAAAUUACGUGAAUGCUUUGAUCUUGCAACAAAACCUUGGUACUUCAAUGAAUAUUUCAGUUUAAGCUUAGCUCUAACGAUGAUAUGGACUGGGUGCUGCUUUUAGUACUCUCCUGUAACCCCCGGGGGUACUCCCCUUUAAAAGUGACGAGGGUGCUCUUCGUACCUUUUAGAGGUUUAAAUUUCUGGAUUGGUAGCGCUAAGGGUGCUUUAAAACAAACGCCAGUUCUUUUUUAGUAUUGUACUCGUCGUGUGAAAUAAAGGAUAGUAAUGAAGCAUUCAAUGUUUAUAGUAUGCAGAAAAACUGCCUCUUGGGGGUGGAAAUGAAUUUGGGACACUCCCAUAAAACAAGAUUCUGGUACCUUUUAGAGGUGUUCUCGAAAUUUUCCGACAAGUACCCCGUCACUUUUAUAGGUGAGUACCCUUCCCCCCCCGGGCUGUAACCUGUCCGGCCAGUUUUGGAACUGCCGGCAUAGUUCACAGCGUCAUUAAGGCACGCAAGCUCCCGCACCACGACGAGGUAACAGUACUCAUGCUGCUCGUUUUUUGAACAAGUUAAUCGAUUUGUAAGUAAGUCGAUUGAUUGAAAAGCUUUUGCUGUACGAAUGACGCUCAAUUGAAAUUUUUAUAGCCCUUGCUUGAUUAAAAACCUUUGCCGCAUAAGUGGGGCUCGAUUUUUAACGCCGAAGUUUGACAGAAUAAACGCUCCACACUUGCGAUCCAAUCUUCUUGAUUGUGCCUAUGUUCGUAUUCUCUGAUAAAGACCAAGCAUGACUGCUCUGGUGUCAUGUUACUACAGGGCCCGCGCUGGGGUAGUAGGGGCUUGGGGGAGGGGGGGGGGGUAUGGCAGGGCCCCCUACUUUUUGUAAAAUAAAUAAAUAAAAUUAAUUAUAGUGGAACCUCGAUGUAACGAAAGGCCUAGGGACUGGCAAAAUAUGUUCGUCAUAACGAGGUUCGUUAACUUUGUCGUAUUGCCUUAUAUUUUACUAUUACUGGAGUAAAAAAAAAAGUUCGUUAAACCGAGGACUUCGCUAUGGAGGUUCCACUGUAAUAUAAAUUUUCAUAUAAAUAGUAUCUUUGUUGGAAUAAGAUUCUUCCAGCAUCUAAAUUUAUUAUUGGCCCGUUUCGAUCCAAUCAGUCUGGUGCGUAAGCCUCAAAACGCCUGUCUUUACAAAACUGCACUUUUUUUUUGACUUGUGCGUUCUCAAAUCAGCAAGGCUAUGUAGCAUUUGCAACGAUGCGGAAUAGAGUCUUUUUUAUGAAGGUUCUCGAUUAAAUCUGAAGACUACUCCACGAGCUACAGUUUCUUAAAACUAACGGCUGAUGAUAUGGUCUCUGACGCAUUUCGAUGACUCACUAGACAAAAUGAAGGGGUUACAGUAACCUACAGUGUGAUACCAUGAUCUGCAAACUUCUAUUGGUGGAUCCUGCAUGUGCAAUCAGGCUCAGCAGGAGAAGGGUACUUUUUCGCGGCUCGAAAUUUAUAAACAUGACUCCGCUCAACAAUGAAUCAAGAAAGGCUCAGUAAUCUGACGGUUCUAAACAGCCACAAAGAGAGAACAGCCAAAUUUGCACCCUACCCCCCACUUCAAAAGAGGUGGUCAUCGGCCUUCGCACUCUAAAAACUGCUCCGCGGGUGCUGUACUAGUGUGUACUGGCGUAAACACUGAGUCCUUGAAGGUAAUGUAUGGGCUCCUGUUUUGGCUUGUUUAAAUAAAUUCACAAUGAUUUGCAUUUAGAUGUUUUCGUAUCCACAAAAGGCUCCCACCGUUUUGCAGGUUUUAUUUUCAAUUGCUUUGUCAGUGAUUACUAGAUGAAUAAUCCUAAUAAAGCCAGGGGAGUUAUUCGUAUGCCAAAAACCUAAUACGUUAAUUUCUCUUUUCAAUUGUACAAAUUCUUCUUCUGGCUUCAAGAAGAAAUCUGAGUUUUCCGAGUUUUUACUUAUAGAUUAAUCUUUUAUUUAUUAGUCUAUAUUUCACAGCCGUGACCGGCAUCGGUUCAUGGUAACGUCUUUCUGUCAGGUGUACAUAGUUUUUAACUGCAAUUUGCCCACCACUGACAAGUAUUUAUCUGUGCCGACACAGAACCAUGGUUUGCGUGAAAAGUUUUGCUGACUUGAAAAUCAGAAAUAUGUUCGAUUUAUAUAGAGCCGCCAACUGAAUUUCCAGUUCUGACUAUUCCUACUGUAAUUUAUGUAGCGAAACGGCUCACUUGCUGACUUCAGUUGGUAAACUUUGUUCGUAUAUUGGUUAAGCAAUCAGCACUUUUCCUUUAUCUAACAAAAUUAGUAAGCCUAAAAAUAGACCUUGGGCUAAAAGUUUGAUUUUCUAAUUAAAUUUCCCGAACUGUUUAUGUUCCUGUUUACAUUUCUAUUGUGGUUUUCAAUGAUUUUACAAAUCAGAUGUGCAAAUCGGUUCUUUCCUGCAGCUGCCAUUUGAUUUACCUUUCCCAUUUCCGAAAUCCAGAGUUCAAGCGUCGAGAUUUAGUUCUUAUCAAAAUCGUUCAAAAAGUGACGAACCUGUCCGUUACAAAAGCCAGUCUUACGAGAAUGUGUCACAUUUACUGACGCUUUGAUUAUGGCACGAUCACGUGCAUAUUUACAUUUCAGUACAACUGAUCAGCCAGUAGAAAGAGCGAACCUUUGAAGAGGGAAAUUUCCCUUUCUAAAAUUAUCAGCUGAGAAACACCUUGCUUUAUGCUGGCUCACUAAGGCCAGCAGUAACUCCUCAUUGAGUCAGUCCUGUUAAAACUUGACGCAAAGUAUGAAAGUAGUGACAGGGGUCGUUACCCCGCAUGUUUCAAGACAUUUCACGAGCUUGCACAGUUUUGAGUGAGUGUUAUCAUAUUUUAAUUCCUCUGUGUGUUUUUUGAAGAAGGUGAUUUCCUCUAGAAAACGUUUUUGGUCACAGUGAUAGUAGUCUGCCACACAACCGUUGUUAGUGUCGUCAAGCAACGCUCUGCGUGACGACACUAAAAACGGCUGUGUAGCGGACUAAAGUGAUGGCUACAAUAGCAUAAUAUUCUUAUUGUUUGUCUCUGUGGUGUAGAUCGCAACGUUUCGACUGCUUGAGCCGAUUUUUAACAAGAGACGACUUGUAACGAAGAUUUUUACGGCCAAAGAGUUGAUACAAUACAAUUGAAACACUGUUUGAAAGUUGCAUCGCGCCCGUCCGUCUUUUUUUUUUUUUUUUUUUUUUUUAAAAAACAUUUGACACUUUUUGAUAUUUUUUAAGGACUAUCACCUCAUAAGCCCUUUUACAGUCAAACCAGGUCAAGCGUUCCCGCCGCUAACGAACUAAUGAAUUCAUUCACGGAAAAAUGAUUUCGUUUGUUGAUUCAAUAAUCCAUUCAUAAAAUGAAUAAUCCAAUAGUCAUAUUUAGCCUCGAUUCCAUAAUCGAAUGUUGAUUCGAUUACUGUUUUUUGAAAAAUUACACUCUCCACAAGUUAACCUCAGAAUUUUGUUUUUUCCUCUUUUUUUUGCUGAGAGUCGAGUGCUGGCGAGUUCUGAAGUUCAAACCCAAACAAACUGUUACAUGGAUGUUACUAAAACGGGGAACGGGGAGCGGGGAACGGGGAACGGAAGUCUGGGAACGAGUUGUCAGCGGAAACCUCCAUAAAAAUCCAAUAUGGCCGAUGAUCGAUGAUAGAGAACCGUCGAAACAAACUUAACCGAUAACGGCGUUAUUUUACUUGAACUAUAUGCUCAUGAGGUGCUUGAAAUAAUACGGAGGUAAUAACUUCAUGACGUUUUUCACCUUUUUGCGUUGUACUAAACAAUUAUCCGUAGGAAACAAAAUGUGCUCCAACAGCAGUUGAAAGAAGCCAAUCGGGACAAAAAGUCUCAAAGCACAUGUACAUGUACAGCCAUAUUUGGAACUCAAGCGAAUCUAUACUGAGUCUAGCCCACAAAGCAAUGAACUACUUUUCCAUGAUAAAUAACAUAAAUCGAAGUAGUCAAGUAGCUUGUGUGCAGACUUCUUCUAUUUCCUUUGAUAGAGAUGACUGCUUUGAAAAAUGUUAUUGACCACGUCAUCACAUAAUUAGUAAGACUACUUUAACAAUCUGGUUCUGCUUUUAAUAUUAUUAGAUUUACUACACUGCAAGCAUUCACGAUAUUGAAGUGUUUCACUGAUCCAUGAAAAUAAAAUAAUAUCAUUUUAUUAUUUUGUGAAACAAUUUGUUUCAGGUCAGUUUGCCCAGUAUAGACCAGUAUAAUGACCCUAAUGGAACCUAAUCCACUCAUUUUCCUCACCCUAAUCAGUAACUGCUUCAAAGUCCACUGUCGCACAGUGGCCAUUUGUCUUUCUGCGUAAUACCCCUGAUGACCCUUUCCUGAAUCAAAACCAUUGGAUUGCAUUGAAUGCAACAUUCUCACUCACUGCAGAUCCUCAAUUAACCCCCCACCCCCCCUAAGAAUGUGAUCCCAAACCCCUCCCUUUUGAAGAAAUAUGUCGUAAAAUAAUCAAAGUACCUCCUCAUGAGCACGAAAUGUUUGGUGCAAUUCAUAUCAUACAAUAUCGCUGUAUCAAGUACUGUUCUCGGUGCAGGAGGAGGGGGUACUAUAAUGGCCUAAACAGAGCCUGAAGCCUUUUUCAGGCUUCAGGUACAUGAAAGGGAAGGGGUUUUUAUAGUGAAGUAUAUGAAAGGGACCAAAAUGAGAUCAGUCACAGAUGCAUUUUAUGGAUGUGAGAGACAAGAAAACAUGUUUUAGCUAUUUAUUCAUAUUGUAAAGAUGGUGUAUUUACAGCAGUUAAAAAGGGAUGCAGUGUUCAAAAUAAGGUAUGUGAAAGGGGUACCAUUUGUCACUAGAGGGUAUACAAAAGGGGUACCUUUUCUGUCUAAAAUGGUACAUACAAAGGGUAAAGGGUUGGUCCCUGGGGCAGAGCCUCUUUGGUGAGUACCCCCCUCCCCCCUCCCCUCUGGGUUACUGUUACUCUAGUCUGAUUCUUCUCUUUAAUUUCUUUGAUACUGUGCUUCAUUAAAUGAAUUAAAAUUCAUUUCAAAGCUUCUUGCCCCUUUUUUGAAAACCCCUAUAUGUUAAAAGAAAUUAUGUCCCCUGGAGGGGAAAUAAAAUCAGGGAAAAUGGGUAGCAAGAUCUAUUGUGUUAUUUUACAUGCAUUGAGUUAGCAUAAUCUGGCCACUAUACACAUACAGUUGCGCAUGUUUACUGAAAAACGUAUCGGCACUCCAAUCUUUUGCCUCCCAUCACUUGUGUGAGACCUUAGACUCUUUAUUUCCAAAACUACAGACAGCUUGCUUGAAGGCUUAUCAACCACCUUCUAAUAAGCUGCCAACCUCUGCAACAUUGAUGAUGUGAUACUUGAUGGUAGGUGCACUGCAAUAUUACUAAAUCAAGCUAAUAAAGCAGCUUGACAAUAUUAACUGGUUUAAGUCACUGAUACAUUCAUUUUUACACUGAGCUUGAAAUAUUUUUCUCCACAGUAAAAAUAAUGUUCAUUAAAGAGAAGCAGAGCUCCCCUCUGCUAAAACAUUAAACGAGUCCCCCUAGAAAAAAAAAAAGCAUCCAGAGGGCUAAACAGAGGAAGUAUACUUACCAUGCAUAUUUUAACAGCUAGCCUUUAGAAAGUACCUUCCAACCAAAGACUUUAAAGUACUUCCCCCACGUAUACUUGCAACACUUAAUAUUGCAGCUCAGUUGUGGUUCACUUUUAUCCUAAGUUUGAAUUUUAUUCUCUUUGUUUUGAACUCAUAAUCAUAAAAUUCAUAUUACCGUACCCCCAAACAAAGGGAAGCAAAAUCUAAACCUAGGUUAUAAUAAAAUAAAACCACAACAUAGCCAUUUGCUUUGAAACAACUGACAUCUUUAAGACCAAGGUAUGAUUGAUGUUCCCGGCACAUUGCCCGUUAAUAUGUUUAAAGUUGCCUUUUAUUGAUGUAUUAAAUAACCUGAUCCAUCUUAUCUUUUCAAACAAUACAAUUGCACUUACUUCUCAUCAUAGGUUUGUAAAUAUAAUAUUAUUAGACUUACAGUUUUAUCUCAUCGCCAACAUGUUUUAAUUUGGGCUUGAAAAAACGCUACAGCUAGGAAGGAGCUCCACUGCUACACUAUUACUGUCGAGGAAAUACACCUGGCUGCUUCGAUCUACGUUUUCUUUCAGCAUGUAUUUAAGCCAAAAUCCUACGAAAAGCGUCAAGCAAAAGUAGUUCAUUGCUUUGUGAGUUAGACCCAGUAUAGAUUCGCUUGAGUUCCAAAUACAGCUGUGCUUUGAGAGUUUUUGUCCCGACUGCCCGGGGGGGGGGCACUCCCAUACAUUACCUAUACGGGUAUGUGCCGCCCAACGGGGUCGUGAUUUUGAAGCUCCUGAUUUAGAACGGGGUAUCCAUUUCAGGGGCGUUUUCUAGAACGGGGUAUAAAAAAUUGUGGAUCACGGCUUUAUCUUCUGCUUAAAAUUGUUGCUGAUUAUGAAGAAGCAUUUAUUUGAUGUAUAAGUCGAACAAGGAAAGAAAUAUCUCUUAAAAAACAGGGCUUUUUCAAUUUACAAACUUUCUAGAACGGAGUAUAAGCAACUGGCCCAUUUCUAGAACGGGGUAUCAGUUUUAGGGCGAAUUCUAGAACGGGGUAUAAAAAAUUGGAUCAUUUCUAUAACGGGGUAUCAAUUUUAGGGGAAAUUUUUUUUAGAACGGGGUGCCAAUUUAGAGUCCCGGGCGGCACAUACCCACCCAAAAAUUAUCCAAGUGCCCCCCCCCGGGCCCGACUGUAGCUUCUUUCAACUGCUGUUAGAGCAUAUUUUGUUGUUUAGUAAAACGCAAAAGCGUGAAAAAUGUCAUGACAUUAUUACCUCCGUAUUAUUUCAAGCACCUCAUGAGCAUAUAGUUCAUUAGUAAAAUAGCGACCUUAAGUGUUGUUUCGACGCUUCUCUAUCAUCUUCUCUAUCAUCGAUCUUACCGGGUUCUUGAUCCUUACCGGCCAUUUUGGAUUUUUAUGGAGGUUUCCGCUGACAACUCGUUCCCAGACUUCCGUUCCCCGUUCCCCGCUCCCCGCUCCCCGUUCCCCGUUUUAGUAACAUCCACUGUUACAUGUACGCCAGUUUACUGCCAAUAAUCAGUGCAACAGACCUAGGCCUGACCUCUUAGAAAACACGACGGUCAAACUGAGGUCAGUGUAUGUGCGGUGAUUGGUGGAUUUCGAUCCUCGGCCUUUGUCAGUUUCUUUGCGUUUGCGGUCUGUCUAUUCUAGCUGUUAUUUUGAUUAAAGGCAAUGAAAAACGCAAUCGUAAACGGCAGGAAAAGGGAAGCAAAUACGAUUGAACACAACAGACAAGAAUAAAGAACAGGUAGAUUUUGUUCAUAAACCAAAUCAACAUUUGAUUAUUGAAUCGAGGUACAAUUUGACCGUUGGAUUAUUCAUUUUAUGAAUGGAUUAUUGAAUCAACAAACGAAAUCAUUUUUCCAUUAAUGAAUACAUUAGUUUGUUAGCGACGGGAACGCUUGACCUGGUUUGACUGUAAAAGACUGUCGGAAAAAUUCCCGGGUUAAAGAAUGAGCUGACUUUGAAGUUUGAGUAUAAUAGAAUAAUACUCGUUUGAUACUUUACAGCCCUAACUUUUUUUUACUUAGGUAUACCUCUUGGUCAGCUACGGGUAGGCGUUUUGAAUAAUGAUUGUAAUACCCGAUCAUGAUAAAUGUUUGCUGUAAAUGUGUAUGAUAUUCAAAGCUGCGUUUUCUGCGAUGACAAAAUUUUUUUUUCGUGCCUAUUGAACCUUUAAGAAUCAACGUGGCAGCCUUAUGGUACACAUGUUGGAAAAAAGAAAAAUAUAUUUCAUGUUUAGUGGUUGACUACGUUUCUAGAAAUCGCCAGAGUUUCUAUGAAGUUCAGUUCCAGUAAUCGCCGUACAAUUCUUGGAAUCGUGAGCUAUUUCCAGAAAUAGACGCCUAUUCUUAGAAUGCCUACAGACUUCGCUUUUCAAACUCUGUUCAAAACUCGCACAUUUCAACAAACAACAAAAAAAAAAACAAAAACAACACUUUAUUCACAUUUCCAUUACAGGGUUUGUCAAACUUAUUGAACAAUUAGUAACUUAACACGUAGAGUAUUCAAUUACAAUUUAAACUAAAUAUUAUUCACGAUUAUUACAUAGGAGGAAAUGCCUAGCGGCUAGAUAACCGUAAGGUUUUCGAGCUAGCAACUAGUUCUUUGAAAGUAGUGUCGAAUGUACAGGACAUCACAAUAACUAAACAUACAAAGCAAUUGCAGAUGCCUGCACUUAACAAUGGUAGCCGAAAAUUUAGCCAACGUUAAAAAACACGUGCGGCCGCCAUUGCGCCAUCAAUAAAGGUCAUGCCAAGGGACAUGAUCGUAAAAUCGAGUCCACGCAAUUGUGUUGAAUAGUCAAUCAUUCGCGAUUGUCUUGAGUAUCAUUCUUUGUGUUUACAAAUGAACAAAUCAGUCUCAGUGAAAUAUAGCCCGCGGGCAGCGCAUGAAAAUUAGUGUAUGGGAGCAAGAAAUCCGGUUCGGGGCGCGCGGGGCCGGGAAACUUGUUUGGCGUAUAAAAUUCUGUCUAGAAACUGGAGAGGAAGGUUCGGGACAGCGUGUUAAAAUGUUAUAGGGUAUUUGUUUCAUAAGUAGUGGCCCUUGUUUCGGAUAGAUUACUAUUCACGGUAUUUUUUUCCCAAACAGAGAGCCUGUUCACAGGCUAUUCACCGACAGUGGCAUUUAAUGAUGCUUGAAUAUUUUAAGUUUGGGUAUCUUUUUUAUCAAUUUAGCUUGAGCAAAAUGAAAACAAAUAAACCCUACAUUUAUAGAAACGUCCAAAUAUCAGGCCUGCUUCAAAUUCCAAAACAAGUGACGUCAGGUUAAAGUUGAUUUCCACUUGUUAUCAGUCAAACAAACCACUGGCGAACUGAUAGAUUAAACGAUUUCCAAGUUUCAAUAACGGACAGUUUCAUCUAUUUUUAAUAAUAUUUUAAAACUGAACGCCUUCUUAAGGAAAAAAAAAACAAAAAACAAAAAAUACCCAAAUUUAUUUUACAAACCUAGCUCGAAAAAAAACCCCAUUGGCUUUUGUCUUUGCACAGGUGCAAUUGAAAAAAGGCGACAAUGAUGAAUGCUUGCACCAAAAGGAACGCAAAAGAGUUCUUUUGUUUCCUUUAGAAUGUGCUGUAAAAGCAAGUUUAAGCCACUCGCGUAAUAAUGAUUCCAAAACAAGUGACGUCAGGUUAAAGUUGAUUUCCACUUGUUAUCAGUCAAAAAAACCACUGGCGAACUGAUAGAUUAAACGAUUUCCAAGUUUCAAUAACGGACAGGUUCAUCUAUUUUUAAUAAUAUUUUAAAACUGAACGCCUUCUUAAGAGAAAAAAAAACAAAACAAAAAAUACCCAAAUUUAUUUUACAAACCUAGCUCGAAAAAAAAAAGCCCAUUGGCUUUUGUCUUAGCACAGGUGCAAUUGAAAAAAGGCGACAAUGAUGGAUGCUUGCACCAAAAGGAACGCAAAAGAGUUCUUUUGUUUCCUUCAGAAUGUGCUGUAAAAGCAAGUUUAAGCCACUCGCGUAAUAAUGAUUACCUUUUAAUUUAUGGGUUGCCUAAGUAUGCCGUAACCGCGUAUCCGGUUUGUUUCUAAAUAUACCUGCCUUCAGUGCGUUUUAAAAACGUGCACAUUUUUAAAACGAAUUCCACCAAUGAGAGCCAAGGGAAAAUUUCCCUUCUCUGACUUUAUGCUCAUAAUAAAUCAGCUGGAGAUAGCAAUCUCAAUUCCAGUUGCGUUGAAUUCGACGAAGACAGUGUCUGGUUUCGUAGACUUUACACAAUGUCUUCCCCUCGCAGAAGCUUCAAAGCAACGUUGAUAAAUCACAUAUUUUACUUGUUGUGGAUCCCCAUUGGUAAGUGUAUGUAUUUUGUUAUUUUUGAGGGUUUUAAAGGUUCAAUGUCACCAAACAAUCUAUAACAGACUCAUAACAUCCCACAUCGGAAAAACAGUUCAGUAAUACUGUAUUUUAAUAAUUAACCGUCACAGUUCAUCAGAUAGUUUUAGUGUCUAAUUUUAUUUCAUAAUUUUUAUUAAUUCGCAAUGCUACAGUCUAGAAUUCGCCCUUUUCUCGGCAAUAACGGCUGGUUAGCUUUCGUUCAUGCUAUUUUAAAGUUCGUGCAUCUAAGUUUUGACAAUCUAAAACGUAAACAGACUUUUCGACAAAGCUGACACUCGUGGGCUUACUGCAAUGUUAUUGAUCAGAAAACAGCUUAUUAAUUUGAUUCAUUCACUUGAGAUACUUAACAAAGCACACUGGUACUGUGCCAGUGCUAUUACAAGCGACACUGUGUUUAAAAACGACACAGUUAAACAACGAUAUUUUAAUACUCCCCUGGUGGUGUGUUUACAAUAAAGAAUAAUAGGGACAAUGUACGUUAUUUUUGAUGACGUAGCAGUGUACCCCCAAAAUAUGAGGUAAAUUUUAACCCCCCACUCAGCCAAAAUUUUCUACACAGUUUCUGUGCUCAUAAUGGACUAGAGCGAAUUUCGCAAGGUACCCAGACUAAGCCCGUGAUGUUAGUGGUGUGCUAACUUUGCAUUUAUUUCAUAUUUCUUAGUGUUUUUGUUAGGUUUAGCCGAACAUUCUUCACUUGCUCCUUGAUGACAACCGGACUAUUGUCCGAAGAGCGGCAUUCAUUUGAUAUUUCCUCAGUCUUUUUAGCGGAGCUCCACGCGCGCGCGAAGCGCGCGCGCGUGGGCGGAGCCCCAUUGCUAAGUAAAUCUACCCAUCCCAGAAAAUUUGGUAAUCACGUGACCGUACACCGACCGCCCGCCGUCCGUCCGCACCACAGGAAAGCCAAUGUUUACUCUCACACUUUUAGCUAGUUUGGGAGCCCAAGAAAAAACUAGUUGCACAGGCUGCACAUCAAUGUUGUGAUCAAUUGACAGCUAUCAAAACAGGGCAUCCGCUGACAAGUAUCACCUGACCGUACCGCGGGCUCAAGUGUCGACCCAUCGAGGUCGAGUAUUUUUUAAAGUUAUCCGCUGACAAAUUACCAGUUUCAAAUGAUCGCAGGCUCAAGUUUAUUUUUUCCAAGGAUUCAUAUCAAAUAUGUUGUGUUUAUGUCACUAUGGCCCCGCACUAUUAGGAUUUUGAUUUCAAACUGACCUCGGAAGCGAAAAUUCAUCCAGUUUUUUUAAAAGUACAGGCGGGGAAGACCUUAUCUUACCAUGGUCACGCGUUGGUCACGCUCUACGUCCAAUUUUUAUACUCUGAUUGGUCAAAGUUUGACAGGUGAGUUUAUGCGGAAAAAUUAUGCAGCAUCUUGAAAGUAGUUUACUUUGACAGCUGAAGCUGACAGAGUUUUGUGUCAACUUGUGAUGUUUUUAACUGUCUUUUUCCUCUGGAGGUACAAAAUGAAAUACAGCUGCUAUCAAGAGUCUUCUGUUAUUCAUGGCUGGUUUUUUUACUGGGUUUUGGUUGAGAAAUGCGUCGCUUGUCAAAAUUCGGUAAUUCGAUUUCGGAUGGCAUCGUUUUCGUUUUUCACCUUGCUUAAUGCGUAAGAGGAUUUAAAAGUCUCAAGCAACUGUGGCCUCCCUUGAUAGCUUUCAGGAACUGAAUCUCGAAUGGUAAGCCUAAGUAAUUAAUGUAUUUGAUGUUUGUGUUUCAUGAAGUCUUGCACAGUUCACGCUGACAGUUUAUGCGGCAAGUUUAUGCACGUUUGCAGGAUUUGAGUCAAUGAUCUGACCUAGUAUCAGGUUUGAUAUAAGCUUACAGAACUUUAAAAAGCCUUCAGAUAUAUUUGCUCACCACAAAUAGAAAGAAAACGUUCCGAAGGAUAUUUAGUUAUAAAUUUGGCUGUAGAAAGAAAACUUUGAGCGAUUUUCUUGCUUCGAGGAGUUCACCUUCGAAAACAGUAAACACCGCGCUGGGAAGGCGGCUAAAAUAUAAACUUAAGCUUUACGCUUAAAGACUCAGGAUUUUUAGAGACACUUUAAUACUUGUCUUCGUGAAUGAAAAUUGUUGUCUCUGUAAAUGUUUCACGGAAUUAUAUCUCUUUUUUUAAUUGUUAGUAGUUUCUCUUGCAAUUUUAAUCGAUUGUCCGGGCCGAUUGUUUUCAUCGUUCAUGACCAUCGCUUGCAGGAGUACUCAAAAAUGUCGCGCGUAUCAAACGCCUUAUAAGAUUACACAUCGUUGUAACUAAAACCAUUAAAUAACAAAACAAAUAAUAAUAAAUUCGCUAUUAUGUUGAAGCGUAACUCUGUUAAAGUUCAUUCAAACACUUGACCACACUGACAGCUCGCACUAUAGAAACAAGAACCAGCUGGCCGUAUGAGUGAUUUUGGAAAUUUUCUGAAAUUUUUGAACGGUUUGGCUCGUGGUGAAUAUUGACUGAGUGAAAAUUGUGAAAUACCGCAUUCUGUCCGAGCUCUGUAUGAUAAAUAGUACUGUUUCACCUCAAAUGUGGUGUAUAAAAAUUAUAAAAGGUUGGUUUAAACACCCCCAGAUUUGUUGGCAAGAAUUUGUAAAGUAAACCUGUCGAACGCAAAAAAAUUUGGCGUGAUUUGUUUUCCAAGAAUUUGCUUUCCAGGCCUAAUCUACUGUGAUCUUGAAUGUGAUCGAAGAUGUUUGCUAUAUUUUGGGUGUACAUAUAAGGUUAUCAAUUCGAUGUAAGACGUUUCACUCUAAAAUAACUUAGCCUUUCCCUCAAAAGUCACAUGGAUGUGCCCUUAAGUUAAAUGAUUUGUGGAUUAAAAGUUUAUUGUUUGAUUUAAAUUAUAAAUUUAUUAAAAUUGGAGCUUCGCUUUUAGCCCUGGCUAAAUCUAUAUAUUAUUAAUAUGUUUUUAAAGGUUUUUCACUUGUUUAGUGAUGACAACCGUUGAACUCGUUGAAGAAAAACUUCAUAUUUUUCUUGGCGGUCUUGUGAUUUAUUGCUUACUUAUGCACAUUUUUCAAGCACCUUUCUUAUGACGUCACUCGGUCGAAAAUUCUGAGAUGAAACCUAGUUCGCGACUUCAUCUGACUCGUCAUAGAGAGUAAACGUUUUGGACGUGACUUUUUUUGAAGGAAGUAAGAAGUUUUCAAGAGUUUUCAUUUUUAACGUUGCUGCGCCUCAAGACCCCCAAACUCGAAAACCACGGGGCGGUAAAUUUAAAUGAAAAGAUGUAAAGAAAAGAUGUAGGCUACUUCUAGCAAAGGCAGUAUUAAGAAAGCAUGGAAACCUAGAUAGCGGCUGCUAGAAUUAUAGCCGGUGUGUUCGAGUCUGUCCCACAUCUACAGAGGGUCAUUUCCCCCCUCUACUCAAUUUAUUAGACAACCUACUAGGUUACAGCAUCAGUUAAACAUCUGAAAAGCAAUUUCUAGUAUCAAUAACGUAACAACUUGAUGAUGAAGAGAAAACUCACGACCUUGACGGAGUUUGUGUGCCGCACAUCCAGCAAUUCAGUAGCUGCUGAGCUGUUACAGUCCCUGGUUCGCUGUCUCUAAUAUUUAUGAAUUAGACGAUACCCCUGAGUACAAAUUCGACUUUAAAAAUUCAGCUUAGCUGCAAUUGUGGUUUCAAAUUAACGACACGAUCAAAGGCGUUACUCUUACAAACCUGGGAUCAAAUUCACAAAUAAAGCCAAGGAGCAAGUGAAGAAUGUUCGGCUAAACCUAACAAAAACACUAAGAAAUAUGAAAUAAAUGCAAAGUUAGCACACCACUAACAUCACGGGCUUAGAUCUAUUGUCGCAAAUCCUUGUCAACCGGACCCAAGAAAGUUUUGCUGACUUGGCUAAGCCAUAACAAAAUCAAUCAAAUUUUGUCAUCGUGCAUCGAGCCUGGAUUCCAUUGAUGGUGCAUAGAUCGUGCCUUUACCGAGCCUUGACGGUGCCUUUAUCGUACAUCAGAUCGUGACUUUAUCGUGCGUAUUUUGAGCCUAUCAUCGUGCCUUCAUGGAGCCUUUUUCGUGCGCAAAAAGCUAGCGCGGAAAAAUGUUGAGGCAAAUUGAGCAUAUCUCCUCUCUUGCAAGUCAAAAAUGCGCUGGUAUACAAAUGAAAAGUAGAAGUCGAAAAAAUACUCAGAGUCAAUUUAGCUUUGGCCUAGUUUUAGUGACUACACUAUUCAAAGAUUUUCAUUCAGCCGGGGUUUACUAACUUUCUUAAUUUUUUUAUUUUUAUUUUUAGUGACCAGAGUUGACACCUCAUUGGAAAUAUGCUCGGAGGAGGAAAUCGAAUUCUAUUGUCCACCACGUGACCAGGCUGUUAAGAGUAAUCAGUACCAGAGUCUUCUAUGGUCUGUGUUCGACCCAAUGAACCCAUCAGCUAAAAGGGAGAAUAUAUUUUAUUGUGGUCAAAACCCUGUGAACUGUCACACUUAUAAAUUGAGCAGUUAUGAUGGACGAAUCUCUGUCAGAAGUCCUGUUCCAGGGAAACUGUUUCUGAAACACUUGACCAAGAAUGAUUUGCUGACUUACACCUGCCAAAUACAACUUAAAGAUAUCAACCUAGACCGACUUGUUUAUAGAGUGAACAUUUCCUCUUCAGUUUAUUGUAAGUUUUUAGUGAUUUCUUUUUCUUUUUCACUGUGUGUCCCCCCUCCAAUACGUAUGGCAAACAAAAUUAAAUAUAUAUUUUUCUCUGAUGGGGAAAUCAAUCCAUUCAACCAAUUAAAUCAUAACCCGACAGGGAAUUUUUAAUUCGAUGCGCAGUAUUAAUAUAAUUCUCUCGUCAUUCUCACUGUUGUUUCCGGCUGCUUAAUUCAGUUUGCACUUGUUUUUUUUUUCUAGGUCUGACAGCGCGUAUUGGUAAAAACCUUAGUUUGACCCCGCAAAAAUUUGCAGAAGAACAAUUGUCGAAAACAUUAUUCGAUGAAGAUAUCUGGUGGUCCAUGAUUGAAGACAAUGGAAAGAAGUGUACAUUCCUCUACUGUAAUGCCACAUCAUACUGUACUUUUUCAAACGAUCCUUGCUAUCAAUCCCGACCGGAGUUCUCCAAAAGACUUGAGCUCAAGGGAUUGUCAUUAAUUUUGACCGAGGUCGGGCAGGGAGAUCGUGGGUUAGUAUUUCAACGGCGAAUUCACCCUAACAGGUUGAUGAAAAGAGGAGACAAGCCGUGGCAUGAAUUAUAUACGGUGAAGAUUCAAAAUGUUCUACCUUCAGGUUAGUGGUAUUUAUCUGUUUACGAUGCACCUCUGGAUAAACCAUUACCCAGAGGUAAUUCUCCAGCAGGGAGGUUUGAGGAUAGUGCGGGCUAGUGGGGACGGUAGGGGUAACGGAAGGUUAGAUGAAUUACUUAUGGAGCGACCGCUGGCCAAUUUACCGUCAGUAACUUAUCAAGUUCCCAUGAUUACCCGCGAGCCUGACCCGAGACCACGAGGUCAGCAAGAAUAAAAUGUUGUUUUUGUGUUACGAGAGCCUCCACGAAGAAUUGCGUUUAUUGGAAUAAUCAAAACGGUCCUUCGAGCCGGAUUUAAACUGUCUAGCCGUCUUUAGGAUGGUUGAAGAUAAAAAGGUGCACUUCUUGAUAGAGCCGCUCCAGUUUAUAUGUAGGUAUUUGCCGCGGAGUAGCCUAGGAUAGGGUGCUGAUUUAAGGAUUUUUAACUUUUACUGAAUGAGGCUUGGUAUGAUUUGUAGACAAUAUGCAAAUUGCGAAGAAAGAACGGCCUCAGUGAAUAACAUCCUCCGAGAUCAGCAUAACUCUCCACAUCAUACAGAGCCGAAUUUAAUAAUUAUGUUAUUCUUCAUUCAUAAUAUUUCUAAGUUUUUAACAAGCCUACCUCAUCGUAGACUUUCUUCAAAACUUUGGGCUAUUUCUCGGCACGGUUUCAGGAUUAAACAGAUUUUCUUCAGUGGAAGAUACUCUUCUAUCGAGCAAUAUGUUUUGCUUAUUCUCCCAUAAUGAUUUCGUCCGUUUCGUUUUAGCCAGAGAUUCGGUCAGCCAUUUCGUUUUCGGAUAGCCUUAAACGCUAUUUUUUCUAGUUCCCUCUUGAAGAACCAACUAGGCGGUCGCGCCUGGAAUCUAUGUUGAUGGAUGGUAUGUAUGGUUUGUUGCCCAAGGAGCCUCAUUUCGAGUCAAAUAUACAAUCGAAUAGAUGGUAUAUUGCUUGGCUCACAUCUUCCAAAUUUGGUCAACUGCACUUGGUUAUGAAGAUUAUUAGCCGGGGGCUUUGAACCAAUCAGAACGGUGAAAUAUUUUGAAUGAAUUUUAAAAAGAAACUAUCUUGUAUAAUAGUCACAUAUCUAAAAAUAACAAUAAGGAUACUAAGUGUAUUCUAGAAGCGAAAUUAAUAGAAAAAUAGAGACUUGGAAACGAGAAUAAGAUUUUCUACCUCUGAUCUAAAAGAUAGUUUCAAAAAUAAAGCUGAAAAGGUACGCUAGACUUAUGAAUAUUGGGGCGAAGUGACCGUUUGGUGCACCUAGGUCUAAAUGAGAUUUUUACACUUGCCUUUACAGAUUCAGAUCCCAGCAGCACUAACCCGCAAAGUACUCCUACAGAUGAUAGCAGUACGACAUAUACACCGACACCCUCAACUGGUUGUUGCCAAGUCUCCUGCUCUACUUUCACUGUAUUGGCUUGGUUU